UACCUUAUUGUGCAAAUUCAAAAGCUUGGAUGAAUUCAUCACUUUUUGACGAAGUGCUCAAAUAUAUGAAUAAUGAAUUUAGAGUUAAAAAUAAAAAAGUUUUACUUUUAGUUGACAAUGCACUAUUAUAUUUUGAUCCAAAUAACUGCCUUCAAGAUAUUAAAAUUGAACAAAAUAAUAAUAUUGAUGUUAUCGAUACUAACAUUAUUAAAGUGGUUGUUAAAAUUAACAAAGAUAAUGAAUAUAAAUAUAAUAGUUAUGGUGAAGAGAGUUCUAUUUCAGCUAGAUCAUGUGGAAAUUUUUGCCAAAAUCGAGCCAAAAUGCUAAAACUAGCACAUGCUAAUAUGAUUCAUAAUCAGGAAGAUAUUUUAAUAAAUGAACAAGAUAAUGCUAAUCAAAUGGUUAAAGAAAUUCCAACUGAAGAUGUUUUGAAUGAAAAUGAUAUUAUAUAUUUAAUUCAAGAAGAAGUAUGUAUUAAAAGUAAUAAUCUAAAUCAUUUAGAUGAUUCUGAAGAAAAACCUGUAUUAGUAUCUCUAA